AUGGCCGAAAAUGCGCCCCCAGGAAGCGCAAACAAUACCUCCACUGAUGCCUCGCGCGGAAUGCCCUACUACGAGCGACUACGACGCGACCUACGUGAAUCAUUGAACAAGAAGCGGCUGCUUGAUAACAAUCUGCUACAGCUCGAGGAGAACAUCUUGCGCGUCGAGACGCAGUACCUCGAAGAAACGAGCGCCGGGAACAUCAUCAAGGGCUUCGACAACUACAUCAAGGGCGCUGCGACUACGACUACGACAAGCGGAGCGGGAACUGCGACGCGGCGAAAGGCUCCGAUUAGCGAUGUGGAUAGGAUCUUCAGCCGGAGCUCGAAUGCCUUUCUGAGAGAAGUAUCGACACCUGCGUCUAUACAGACGACUCCCUCGCACGCAGCUACACCAACCUCGUCCUUUCCUACGCGCGAGUCAAGCCAGCCUACAGCGAACGGUACGAAGAAAACAGGCGGAGGAAGUAAGAAGAAGAAGGCAGAAGACGAGGAAGACGAGGACAGCAACAAGGCGAAGCGGCCGAAGAUUUCCUAUGGAAGAGAGUGA